CGAUGAAAAGUCGCGCUCAACCUCCUGGUGGUUAGUCCUUGUACUUUUUAUUCAACAGAGUCAUCUUUGUGACAUUAAUACGAGAGUAUUGAAUGUUGCAUACAAGUAUUUGUGGCGCGCAACGCUAGAAUUGCGCCCAUAACCUUGUCAAGCUAACGGACAUUACAAUAAUACAACAUCAUAAUACACCAGCGGCUAAAAAAAAAAAACGUUGUUCUCCAAUAAUGUAUGCUUAUACGAGAAUAUUUGGCUGUUUGUUGGUAUAAUAAUUCAUUGUUGUUUACUGCAUUUUUAUAAUAAUGUCAAAGCCACAACAGGCGGAAGUUAUUCAAUUAGAUUCCGACGACGACGUUGCUAUGAAUACGAAGGACAAAGAUAAGAAGAAGGGCAUUGCAAAUUGUAUAAACUUUAAAUGCUCCUCCGGAGUGGACAUGAGACCAGCGCCGUCCUUUACAUGUUCCUUUUUCGGAGUUAACAUGAUGAAGAAAAAGAAACGUUUUAUUUGUAAAGUUUGCUUGGAUAUAGCCCUGGACCAUCAAGAACAACUCGUUACUGCACUAUUAGAGCAUAAGCCGCUACUUCAGUGUGACUUUCCGGACCAUACGAUGGAGGUGGAAAUCUCAGACAGCGACGAAUCGGACAGGGAAUCUAAUGUCAUAGACGACAUAGAUAUACUAGAAGACGUAUUGGCUGAGUUUGAGAAGAAAGUUGAUAAAUCGUUAACCGAAGUACUCGACAAGUACGAUAUUAAUUAUCAAAUUGAAGAAGCCAACACAGUGCUAAUAUCUCAGUGGGAUGCAAUAGAAUCAAACAACGUUGACAUAGAUAAAGAGAUAGUGGCAACGAUGUCAAAGUUAGAUAAAUUGCGCACAUCGUUAUACAAUGAAUUUAAGCCGAAAAUUGAAAUGUUGGAUGAUUUAAAGAUCGAAGAUUCUAUCGAGAGUGUGAUCUAUCCUCUCGUAGCAACCAAAAAAGUCACGCAAGUUCGAGUGCCGCCCAAACAGCAGCCACAAGAUUGUCAGCCGGAGAUUUUAAGGGAAGUCGAAAGGGAUAAUCGAUUGAUUCAAUCGCUGGAUUUACCACCGUUGGGUCAAUUGAUUAAGCCGAUACCAGAAGUGGACGACUUUGUAUUUACACUGAAACAUCCUUUGUUCCCAUGGAUCAAAGGGAAGGUUCAAACGAUCAUUUCAAAAAGUCCAAUGCAGUAUCGUGUCAAGUUAUUACAAAAGAAAUACGCUGGCCAAGUAAAAAGCUUGAGUGGCAAACAAAUGGCAUCGAGUAUACCUAGUUCCGUCAUUAUUCCAGUUGGUACGCGAGUGGUUGCCAUUUUUCACGACACAUAUUCUAGUAAUUAUUACAGUGGAGUCAUAGCCGAGCCACCAAAGUCAACGAAUAAAUACAGAUACCUCGUGUUUUUUGACGAUGGAUAUGCUCAGUAUGUCAAACACAAGCACAUAUUUUUGGUUUGUGAGAGCUCACUCCGCAUAUGGGAAGACAUACCCCUCGAGUCCCGGGAUUUCGUUAAGAAAUACAUGGAAUCGUAUCCCGAAAGGCCAAUGGUGAAAUUGCAGCGGGGUCAGGUCGUUAAAACCGAAUGGAAUGGAAAGUGGUGGAUUGCGCGAGUGAGGGAAGUCGAUGCGAGCUUGGUGCAGAUGCAUUUCGAUGCGGAUAAUAGAACGGAAUGGAUUUACCGUGGAUCAGCGAGAUUAGGACCCUUGUACUUAGAGCUUAUGAAAGCUAAUUUAAGGCAGCAGGGUUGCCAUUCGUCCAUAAACACACCGAUUCGACAUCGCGGAACGCCCGCUAUGAACAAAAAUGGUCCAUACGUUGAAUACACGUCAACCGCAACGGACGAACGAGAUGCCUUCUUGUCAAAUAAAGAAAAGAGUAUUUCGCCGAACGACGGCAUCCAAGUGGAGACUUCGGUAGCACCACAGCAGAGCCGAGCUGUCGCGAAGAAAAGUACGACUAAGAGGCCGAGUUUACCCGAAUCGGCAGCCACCACUUACAAUGCCAAUAUGGAAACCAAAUCUUCUCACAGUAUUGUUUAUUAUCAGACGCAAAAUAAAAUCCAAACGAAAAAGUUCGUCCCACACAAAUGCGGCUCCAAGUGCGUGGAAAGCAUCUCCUUCACUCCGGACGAUCUUCGCGGCUAUUCGCCAUUGUCGAUCCCACUGCUGUGUGGCUGGAACCGGCAACUCUCCAAAUUCCCCAAGGCGAAGAAAGUUAUUCUGUAUCAGGCCCCGUGCGGAGUUCGUUUGCGAAAUAUGGAGGAGCUCCAUGACUAUCUGAGAGUAACCAAUUGUCCAAUGUCCGUGGAUUUGUUUGAAUUUGACUUUUGGGUGCACUGUUUGGCAGAAUUCGUACUCGACAAAUGCUUUGUCAAUAUAAAGGAUUUAAGCUACGGCGUAGAAAAUGUUCCGAUUCCGUGCGUAAACGAGAUCGAUCAUGCCUACCCGGACACGAUCAAAUAUACGACGGAGAGAGAGCCGACGGAGGACGUGUUCAUGAAUCUCGAUCCGGACUUUUUGUGCAGUUGCGACUGCGAGGAUGAUUGCCAGGACAAGAAUAAGUGUCAAUGUUGGCAGUUGACGAUUCAAGGUGCGACUCUCGGAGGUAGAGUACCAAAUGCCGCAGUUGGUUAUGUCUACAAGAGGCUACCGGAGGCUGUCACUACCGGAAUCUACGAGUGCAACUCUAGAUGCAAGUGUUCGGUAAAGACCUGCUUGAACCGAGUAGUUCAGCAUCCGCUGAACCUGAAGCUUCAGGUAUUCAAGACCGCGCCCAGGGGCUGGGGUAUCAGGUGCCUCAACGACAUUCCUCUCGGCUCGUUCAUUUGCAUUUACGCCGGUCGACUGCUCACCGAGCAGGGAGCCAACGAAGGCGGCAAGAAUUACGGGGACGAGUACCUGGCCGAGCUGGACUACGUCGAGGUCGUCGAGGGCAUCAAGGAGGGCUACGAGAGCGAUGCUCUCGAUCCUGAAAUGGCCCUCGAGGAGAACGACUCGGACAAAGAUAAGACGGAGAAAAAGACGGAGGACGAUCCCGAGUACGCGAAGCUCGUUCCCAACGACUCGGACGACGAUUUUAACAUCAGCAAGAAAUUGCAGAGGCACCUCAACGUUGACGACGACGAAGACUCAACUUCGUCGAUAAGAACACGGCUGCGAAAACGGAAGAAGGGAGACGAAAAUCUCGGAUCCGACAAGUCGGAGGACGGAAGCGUAUCGAAGGAUGGACAGGACAAGGCUGGCAGCGACGAGGACGAAGCGAUGCGCGAGCCGAGCAAAUUCGAUCUAACCGUCGACACGGCGCAAAUUGGAAGGGAGAAAUUCAAAUCGGUUAGAGAUUUCUUUGGAGAGGACGAGGCCGUAUAUAUAAUGGAUGCGAAAACGACGGGAAACAUCGGACGCUAUUUAAAUCACUCCUGUGAUCCAAAUGUCUUUGUGCAAAAUGUUUUUGUGGACACCCAUGACGUUCGAUUUCCCUGGGUAGCCUUUUUUGCCCUGAGCUACAUCAGAGCAGGUCAAGAAUUAACCUGGAAUUAUAGUUACGACGUUGGGAGUAUUCCUGGAAAGGUUAUCAUUUGUAAAUGUGGAGCAAGUAAUUGCAGAGGACGAUUAUUGUAAA